AAGCCCGACAAUCCGAGCCAAAGACAAAAGUAAAAUUGGAACAGCAGCCUCGAUCGGGCCCAAACCGAGGGACAGAGGUAAGGAGGAUCGACUGGAGCAGCAGUGUCCAGAGGACACGGACACAGGCUGGGGCAGGAACGCAGACAGCAGACAGCAUGAGACUCACGCUCGCCUGGCUCAGCGUCUGCCUGGCGAUUUAUUGCGGCGGCGGCCACAGCCACAGCCACAGCCACGGCCACGGCCACGGCAAUGUGGUCCUAUCUUUGCCACCAUCGCUUAUCGCCAUGGCCACGGAGGCGGCGGCCUUGAGGCUGCAACAGCAGCACCAGCAACAGCAGCCGCGCUGGAAAAAGGAUGCACGCGUCCUGUUUGACAGCGGCAACGAUGCACUGCGCGAUAUGCUCCAGAGGCAGGCGGCUGCCUCGGCGGCUGGGAAGUUCAGUCUGCCCCACUACGACCACGACCACGACCACGACAACGCAGCGCAGCUGGAUGGGGAUGGGGAUGCAGAUGUGGAGCAGCAACCGCAAGCCGCGGAUUUUAAUCGAAAAGUUUUGCGCGAGGUAGAUGAUUUAGGGGCACAGACCAGGCUGCGGCAGCAAUCAGCGGCGCAGGAAAUUGCACCACUGCAACGGGGCAUGCUGGGCCUUAACUAUGCGUCCACGCCCCACCGAUACUGGGCCAGUCGGUGCCAGGGUCGCCUGGGCCCCUCCGCCAAGUGUCCGCAGGAGUACUAUCGCGCCAUGAUGGCCGCCAGAAACAAAGAUGCCAUGGCUCGUCUCCACAUGCAGCUGAGCUCGAUGCAGGACCCUGAUUCAUCCGCCUCUGAUAAUAGUAAUGAUGAUGAUGACCAGCUGCUGGACCCCACCGACGAUGAGGAGGAGAAAAGCAGCAACGAGGUCUUUAUGCUGCUCACCGGGGAACAGGAUCUCAUCAAGUUCCUGCACUGGGCCAUGAAGCUGCUGUAUCCCUUCGAGCGACCCGAGGGCAAUCGGAGCGAUAGCCCAGCUGAACACUAUCAUCCGGGGAUGUUCCUCUGGAAGAAGCUCAACCUGUCGGGACACCUGGAGCCGCCACUGAUUGUGGACGAGCCGCAGUUCGUUCUUGUGCGGCGCGAGAAGCUCCUGGAUGGCUAUCACUUGGGCGAUGAGACGACCAAGGAGGACGAUCCCUUUAUACCACCACGCGGAAGGAAGCACAACAACCCAGAUUUGGAUGCUCUAUUCAAUCGGUAUGAGACCUUUGUGCCGAAUCGCGGCAGACGCGACAAGGUCAAGGAUCUGUUCAAGUACGACGAUCUGUUCUUUCCGAAUCGCGGCAAAAAGUAUCGCAGCAUUUUCAAGCUGGACGAUCCCUUCUUUCCGAAUCGCGGCAAAAAGCUGCAGCUCCGGGAUCUUUACAAGAUUGACGAUCCAUUCUUUCCGAAUCGCGGCAAGCGGCACUUGACAGGAUCCACCAAGACACCACCCCCCUCUGGUCUGUGGGGAAAACUGUUGCAGCAGCAGCAGCAGCAGGAGAGAAAAUUGCCAGAUGACAGCGACAACUGGCCGCAAAGAAUGUCAACGCAUAAAAUUAAUGGUUACGAUCAAUCAGUCAAGCCAUCAAUGUCACAAGUGGAGGAUGCUGCUAUUCUAGCAUCCAGAGCCAGAGCCAGAGCUACUCCGACUCCGACUGCGACUGCGACUGCAGCUGAGGGCGCUCAAUGGCGAGGUCUGGCCAGGGGCCUGCUCCAGCCUGCUAAUAGAUUACACUCGACAAGAUCAAUGUCAGCAAAUUUACAACAGCCAGAGCUGGGGAUGGAGAUGGAACAAUUGGUGCCACAUUUGCCGCUGCAGCAGCAGAGCAGCGUCCACUUCAUUGGCAAUCCAAUCAUGCCCCGGCAGCAGGUGAAACCAUCCUGGCUGGGAUCGGGAUCGGGAUCGGCAUCGGGAUCACUGCACCGUUUCAGGCGAUCUCUUCGGCCCGAUAAUGCCCCCGAGACACAAUUAACACGUUCAACCAAUGCUAAUCCUCAGAAGAUCGACUCUGGCUCUGACUCUGAUGCGGAGUGGGACUGGGACACUGAUGAUGCCAAUUGGAGCGACAUUUAAAUGCCAGCGAUCGUUUUCUGGUUUCUGGUUUCUGGUUUUCGGUUUUAGGUUUUUAGUUUCGGUUUCCGAGCAGCUUCCUUGGGGGCGCAUCCACUCGAUUAUGCCUGAUUGUGGCUCGAUGGGUCAGCAGGAACGGGCCGCAAUAUAGAACGAACUAUAGCACACCGCACGAAAUAAAGUAAAUGCAAUUGA